UAUGGAAUGACCGGCUGGUGCCACUCCCGUCAUCGACUGACAGACUACUUGUACAUACAUAUCCCCCCUCCAUCAAGGACAAACCUCUCUCCCACCUGAAUGGUGCCAUUGCAUCUUCAUAUCUUGACACGGAGAACAAGGACAUUGCGGACCGAAGAUCACCACAGGAAGUCCACCUCGUCGGCAUAACAAGCUCGACUCUGCUCACCAUGAACCCCGAAUACGACUAUCUCUUCAAGCUCCUGCUAAUCGGCGACUCAGGCGUCGGAAAGUCGUGUCUGCUCUUGCGAUUCGCCGAUGACACGUACACGGAAAGCUACAUCUCGACGAUCGGUGUUGACUUCAAGAUCAGGACCAUCGAGUUGGAGGGAAAGACAGUGAAGCUGCAGAUCUGGGAUACUGCUGGUCAGGAGCGCUUCCGAACAAUCACCUCAUCAUAUUACCGCGGUGCACACGGCAUCAUUGUCGUCUAUGACGUGACGGACCAAGACACAUUCGCGAACGUCAAGCAAUGGCUGCAGGAAAUCGACCGAUAUGCUUGCGAAGGCGUCAACAAGCUUCUCGUUGGUAACAAGAGUGACUUGACCAACAAGAAGGUUGUCGAAUAUAAUGUUGCAAAGGAAUUUGCGGACCAACUCAACAUUCCCUUCCUCGAGACCUCUGCCAAGAGUGCCACAAAUGUCGAACAGGCAUUCUUGACCAUGGCAAAGCAGAUCAAAGACAGGAUGGGCUCUUCCACUGUCAACAACACAGCUGGAAAGGCAACGCUCAAGGUUGGGCAAGGGCAGAACGUCCAACAACAGCAAGGCGGCGGAUGUUGCUAGGUUCGCAUGGGUAUCAUAUGUGUGCAGUGAGAAUACAUUGACAUUCGUCCUCUAUCGAUCGAUAAGUUUCGCUGCGGCAGCGCGUCGCUGCUGACCCAACCACGCAAAAGACGUGCGAUAUGGCGUCGUACGCCGGCCC